ACACCACCAAUACAUCAAACACCAACCAUGGCACCAUCACAUAAAUCACAUGAUAAAUACUGUUUAAUCACAGUAGGAGCAACUGUCGGUUUUCGAGAAUUGACGGCCUCAUCUCUCGAUGCCCGCUUCUGGGAGGCUCUUGUCAAACAUGGUUUCACUCACCUACGAGUGCAAUGUGGUCCUGAUAUUGACUGGGCGUCAUCGAGAUUGGAUUCGUUGCGAUCCGAAAUUCCGUCCAGCCUUUCUAUUGAAGUAUUUGAGAUUCGAAAAAAUCUAUUAAAGGAGGAAAUGAUGCUAUGCAAAGGCGAUCCGGCAGAGAGAGAGCCAGGUCUAGUCAUCUGCCACGCUGGAACUGGAACUAUUCUCGAUGGUUGGAGACUUGGAAUCUCGCUCGUAGUAGUGCCAAACACGUCCCUACUAGAUGAUCAUCAAACCGAAAUGGCAGUGCAUCUAGCUAAACAAGGUUACGCUACAUCAAGCUCGAGCAAAUUAGAAGACUUGAUAGAAUCGCUAUCAAAAGCAGAGCAGCUUAUUGAGAAGAACAAGUCCCGCUGGCCGGCGCAUGACGUCCCAGCACAAGAAGCUACACCAGCUCUGCGGUUAUGGCAAAUCUCGCCUGACGAGGUUCAACGCGAGCAGGACGAGCAAAUGAAUCACGAUUAAUGAAUAAUAAUUGACCGGAUAUGUACAUAAUACGAUAUAUUUGACGAUUUUUACUGUAUAAUCUGUUUGCUUUUUCAUACUGACGCAACCGUGCCUCUUUUCAACUAGUUUCACGUUUCAAGGUAGAUCCUUAACAUCCCAUACCUUCACGGUGGCAUCGGCUCCUGCACUAGCUAGUGUGGCUCCGUCAAUCCAUGAAAUACCGUUAACACCAUCCUUGUGAGCAUUUGCAGCCUUGAUACGCUUGCCUUGGUUCUUCUUCUCGAGGCACCAAACAAAGACGUUCGUGUCCAAGCUACCACUGGCAGCAUAUUGACCUUUGCUAUCCCAAGAAAUGCAAGUAACACGUGCAGUGUGAGCGGACCAGCGAUCAGCUACUACCUCCCAGGAGCCAACCUUGUAGACAUAAAUCUUGCCAACGCUGUUACCGGCAGCCAAGUGAUCUCCGUCAUGGGAGAAUGCGAGCGCAGAGAUGGUGCCCGUGGAGUUCUUAAGCGACUGUACCUCUUCGAGCUCGCCUGUAGCACCAGUCUUGUAGAUUUUAACAGAGUUUUGGUCGGCACCUACGGCAACAAAGCUUCCGGAAGCAGCAAUAGCGCCAGGGGAGUACGAGACCAAUGUUUCCUUGACCAAUUUGCUGCCUGAGUAGGUGGCAACGCUGUUACCAGUAGCAACAUAUACACUGGUGCCAGUGGCAGCAACGCCCUUGGGUUGCGAAGAAAGCUGUGCUGAUUCACCGAGGAACGUCUUUGCGGAUUCGUCCACUGUUCUCAGCGUAUCAUCCCAGCCGACACUAACGACCUUGCCUGUCGAUGUAGUGAGCUGUACGAUUUGGUUUGUAUGUCCCUGUCCAUCUACACUUGAAGCAAGGCCGGUCUUGAUAUCCCAGUAGUAUGACUUGCCAUCAGAGCUGCCGGUCCAGACGCCAGCACCUUUGCCAUCGGAAGUUCCAACCAGUGAAGAAAUAGGGUUGCUAUGACCUUGGACAAGACGAACUGGGUCAGAUUUGCCCUCGUUGAGGUAGAUUAGUUCACCAUCAAGAUUCAGGCUAAUGAUGAGGCCAUCAGUUCGGCCAUGGGGAAUGACGACGCCAACUUGCUGCUGGCCGACGUCAACACCGUCUCCAAACUUCCAUGACUGGAUUAGCUUGCCUGAAUCGGCAUCCCAGAGCUUUACAGUCUGGUCAGCGCUGGCAGUUGCAAACUUCUUGCUGUCAGCAGCCCAAGAUACCGAGAAGAUGGAGCCUGUGUGCUCUCCCUCGCCAAUUUGCUUCUGUGCUUCACCCGUCUUGCCAUCAUACAGCUGAAUGCGCUUAUCAGCACCAACCGUAACCAGAAUUGCGCCGUCAGGUGAAUAGGCAGCGCCCAUGACGAAGCCCUUGUGUUCCGAGCUCUUGUCAUUAAACUUGUAGGGGGCGCCGUGGUAGAAGACCAUGUUGCCAUCGUCGCCAACAGUGGCCGCUCUGAAAGGGCGCUGAGGCUUCAUUGCCACUGCAUUGACAGCCUUGGAGUGGCCAAUAAUUUCUCCUACAGAGUUUCCGCUGUCCGCUGUGAUGCAUCGACCGUACUGCUCACGGCCAUCGCCAACGGCAAUAACACGCUGGGACUCACCGUCCCAUGCAAUGUCAUUGAGACGACCUGCGAUAAUCUUAUAUUCCUUGCCAGCAUUUUCGAUGUUUUCGGGUUCCCACACUCUCAGUGUUCCGGACGCAUCACCACUGGCAAUCUUGAAACCGCUGGGAGCGAACCUGGUAACCGUUGUCUGGGCGGUAUGGCCAGUGUAUUCCUUGCAUUCGGUGGGGUUGUCGAUGGAUCGGACGAAAAUGGAUUUGCCAGCCUAGUAGUAGAACAAGUUAGCAAACAUAUGGGUUGUCACCACACCAUUUCAAGCAGAGCUACAUACCGCGUAAGCUAUGCGCUGGCCCUUGCUGUCAGUAGAGAGCUGUGUUGGCUGUCCUCGGGUGGAAAUAGGAGCAGCUGCAAAGAGCCGAUUCAGGGUGACUGACGGAGUCGACAUUUUUGAUUAGAAAUCUCAAUUCGCAAGCGUCUGUUGUAGAUGUGAUUUUUGUAUGAGCGAAAGCUGUGCCUUUGUUUUCUGGCGGGACGUCGUCACCGUUGGAGGGGCGGACGCAGAGCGGGGUAUGACGUUGUUUCGGCGGCAACGGGUACCUGAAAGGAAAGCGGUCCACCAACUACAAGAUUGAUGGGCUGAGGGAGCAGAAACUGAGAUGAAGAAGUUUGCUUUGACUUGUCAAAAGAAAACUUGAAAAUUAAUAAUGGCAUUGGAAUCUGUUUCUUCUUCAGUGUUAUUUUGCUGCCUAACCCGCCGACAUCUCCUGAUUCGCAGUCACCAUGUCCUGUGCUAUACGGCUGCCUAGCAAACGCUCUUACUACACAAGUUAGAUUUUGUUUCUAUUUAAAGUUUAUCAGCAGGCUCAAAGUGGCGGCAUUAUAUCCUACCACGCAAUCCUAGACACAACUGGCCACGAUGCUGACCAGUAGAAAGCUGCGCUUGAGUGGGAGGAGGCGUGGGCAAGACUGUCUCCCCAAGAUGUCUAAAAUAUGACGGCUGAUUCUAGACAGAAUCACAUAAUACCUUUGUUCCAAGUGCGGUUGUCGUUUUCUGACUGUCCAUCUACUCUUUGACUACCAUGACAGA